GCAGCUUCAUAAUUAAAAAUUUUAUGAAGGUAGUAAUUUGCAAUUGCUCAAGUUUUUAAAAAUAUUUGUCAAAAGUAGUUACAUUUUCAAAUUAGUUGGUCGGUCAAACAACGUUACCUUUUGAUCAUAAACCGAGUUGAAUGAAAUAAUUGAAGAUUGAAGAAAGGAACCGAUAGAAGAAAUAUUUCAAUUUGUCUUCCCAAAUAAUGACCCCACUGCGUUCUAGCCUUGCAAACGAUCCAGAAGACGAGAAUAUGGAGAUUGACUCAGUUCAUGUCCCCAAUGAGGGUGGAAUUACGUCAGCAAAGUCUAAACUUACCUCCAAGGAUCGUAAUGAAACUCCUGAAGAGAAAAAAGCCCGUCGCAAAAUGGAGAGGAGGAGGCGAACAAGUUUUAAAUCUGGCCCUGACCACAGUACGCCACGCUUGAGGGGUGCAUUGUUGAAGCAAUUUAGCAAAAUAUUCGAUACAGAGUCCGCCUUUGUGCUGGGAGUGCAGCAGGCUCUCCCAGAAGUACGAAAUCCCCACCUCCACCCAGACGAAGACGAAAACAUGGAUAAUUUCCUUCUUGAAGAUGAAUCCGAUAAAAAGACUGCGGCUAAACGUAAAAAGUUUUUAGCGAAGAUGGAAUCCAAUAUGAGAAAAGAUGCCAAAACCCCAGCGGAUGAACAAUCACAACCACCACAGAGUUAUGAACAUCUAAAGGAACGUCUUCACGCUAAAAUAGCUGCGUUGAGCCAGAAGAAGAAUGAAAAGAAACGAUUGCGCAAACUUAAAAAGGCAGAAUUUAAAAAGCAAGAGGAAUCAUCCGACAAGAAGAAAAAGUUCAUUUCAAAAGCAAAUCCAAACUUGAAGAAUCAACAGAGAGGUGAAUCUUCUGCUGUGAUAAAAGAUGAGAAAACGGUUCCUCCUCCAAAGACACCAUUACGAAAGAAACCUGUAGUGAAAUCCAAUGGAGAAAUUGUCUAUUCAAAAUUCGACUUUAUUUCACAAGAUGAUCCUGCUGCCAAGAAGAUCAGACCAAAAGCGGAGGAUUUAUUGAAGAAAGUCCAAAAAAGUGCGAGCACAGUAAGCCAUUUGGAAUCAAAGGGGAAAAUUAAGGAGGCUGUGAGCAUAGUAGAAGUGCAGAAAUGGGACAGUGCUUUAAAACGAGCUCAAGGCGAAAAGAUUCGAGAUGAUGCCACUCUUUUAAAGAAAACUAUUAAAACCCAAGAAAAAAGGAAAAAGGUGAGCAAAAAGAAGUGGCAGGAACGCACUGAGCGGGUAGACAAAGAGAAAGAAGCAAAACAAGACAAGAGAAAGGCCAACAUUCAAGCCAGAAAAGAUGAGAAGGUAAAGAAAACUAAGAAACAACUAAGGAAAAAGGGGAGAAUUGCGUAAUGUGCAAAUUUCUAGGAAAAUGUUAGCUCAUAUCUUUACAUACAUUUAUUAUUAGACCGAUUUCGUGCUCUGUACUCUUUAGUGCUCUUUCGUAAUUAUUUCUGACUACAUAAAUUUUGUAAUCAUGCAUAUUUAAAACCGAAUCUUAAUUAGGAUUAAUUAACUACAAGCAAGAUUAUCUGCCUUAUUCGACCUUAUCAUGUUACGUAUGCUAUUUUUGCAUUAUAAAAUUGUUACGUAAAAACCCUUGCCUUGUUAUUCUAGAAUUAUUUUUUGCUUAAUUAACUACACGAUUGGUUUCCACAUUUCUCCAUUCCGACGCAGUACCCCUCAUACCUACUGGAAUCACCCAGUAGUAAGUAUUCAUCGUGCCUUUUCGCGUUAAUUCAUCGUGUUGCCUUUCCACCAUAGUAAAUGAGUCGGGAAGAUGAAUUAAAAGCUAAAAAUAAAGAGAUUCCUUUAUGAAA